AUGCUUCAUACUGAGAACAGACAGGAACAUAUUCUUGCUGGAGGUGAAGGAGGAGCUAAAACAAGUCGCCUUACAUUUCCCGAAAAUUACCUGAGUUCUAUUGCGCGACCACGCGGACCAGUGGAGUUGUCCCCGUCUCCGUAUAUUGAACAAGAGUCUCUAGAAGUACCUUUACCACCGCAGCUAACAUUUGGCGGAGAGAGGACUUCAACGUCAUUUCCUGGACCCGAAACGAGGUCAAGGAGUCGAAGUCCAUCACCCCAUAUUAGGAAUCCUAAGCGAAGUCCUCUGCGUGUCCGUCUCGAAGGACCUUCAAGCGAAGCUGGCUUUUUGCAGUCGUUCUUUGCGAGUGGAUGGAAGAUGGACAAAUAAAAGCAGUAGUAUGUAAACGCGUACGGUACAGUACAUUAUGUUUGUCCUACUCCUAGUCGUACCUUCCGGUCCCGUAGUUGUAGAUGAUGAUAUUAUAACUCGAAUUUUUAGGUAAGUUAAUAAUCAGUACUCGUCUGUUAAACCAACCAAGAUUAAAAAUAGCAUAUCCACCAUCCAGAUUUUUCCUGAAUCCUUUUCCUAGAUGAUAGCUGCAGAAGAUGUAGAUGAUCAAUUUAGCCGAGAUGAUGACGAUGUAGAAGAUUUUCACGUGCACUUGCAUGACGUGAAGCAGAGCAACAAGCCGAUAUUAUUGCUGGUUCACUUUCAAGUUAAGAUGAAGACAAAGACUUUUAAAAAAUUGUUGGCGUUCUGAGACGAGAAACAAAGAGAUUGAAGGCAGGAAGGGUCAAGUGCACGCCAGCUGCAGGUAAGACGAGAGGAC